AUGCUGUUGCAAAGGGAGUGGAAUGGAACUUGUGGCCCCUUGACAGCUAUAAAGAGGUCCAAAUUUAACCAUCAUACUGCAAAAAAGAGAUCUUUAUUUAUGAUGCAUAAGAAACUUUCUAUGGUUAGGUUUCGGUAUAGAAUUAUAAAAUCCCCAGAACUUCGAGCAAGAGGCAAAACCUGCAAAUUGAGAAAAAUCAAACGAAGGUGGGUGGAGAGAGUUACAAGGGACCAUCAAGAGACGCUUCAGUGGGAUUUUGAAAGUGGAUUGUGUAAUUGGCUUUCCUACUGGAAAUCUAAAAGUAACCGUCUUUGGAACCGGUACAGCUUAUCAGAUAUGAACAAUAAUACACCUAAAUCUUUAGGUGAGGAGAACGAAAUAUGUGCACCUGAGAUCUGCCGAAUGCAGGAUGCAUUACCAUGUGCUGAGCCGUGUUCUGAGGCACCAGAAUCCGGAGGGCAGGAUGGCAGUGCGGAUGCUGUCCCGCCAGAACUGCAUGCUAGAGCUUCUCCGGAGGCAGAGACGUUGCACCAGGUGGAGACCAACGGGGCUCUGGCAGAGGAUCAUUGCUCUGACAUUUUUGUCUCCGUGACAGGAAAAGAAAUUGCUGGUUCAGGUCAAGAUGACACAGAAUCUAAUGAGGUUAUGGGUGUAGAUGGAAUGAUACUGUUGCAGUCCUCCUUGCAGGACUCUGAUGUCCAUGAUAAUUUUGCAAAUGGACCUUUAUCCAUGGAGCUGGCACAAAAUGAGGACAGCUCUAGCCAAAUGGAAGUAGAGGGCUCAUUAAACCUGGACAUGUUUAGCGCAAAGUUACUAGAUCACCCUUAUUGUAAAAGUCCUCUUGAGGAGCCUUCACCAGAAAGCACAGGACUAAAAUCAGGAACUCGGAAGGGAGGCAAAAGGAACAGUCAGAAAGCUUCCCGGGUGGCUGAUGAGCAGUUGGCAACGUGGCUUUGUGGAUUCCUAGAUGAAGUUAUGAAGAAAUAUGGCAGUUUAGUUCCACUCUGUGAAAAAGAUGUCAUGGGAAGAUUAAAAGAAGUCUUUAAUGAAGAUUUCUCCCAUAGAAAACCUUUUAUCACCAGGGAAAUCAUGAAGUAUCGGGAAAAACAUCCAAAAACCUCCACUUGCAAUUUCCGGGUCUUCUAUAAUAAGCACAUGCUAGAUAUGGAUGAUUUAGCUACACUGGAAGGCCAGAACUGGCUGAAUGACCAGAUAAUUAACAUGUAUGGUGAACUCAUAAUGGAUGCAGUCCCUGAAAAGGUUCAUUUCUUUAACAGCUUUUUUCAUAGACAGCUCGUAACCAAAGGAUAUAAUGGGGUAAAACGAUGGACUAAAAAGGUGGACUUGUUCAAAAAGACUCUCUUGUUAAUUCCUAUUCACCUGGAAGUCCACUGGUCCCUCAUUACUGUGAACAUCCCCAAUCGAAUUAUUUCAUUUUAUGAUUCCCAAGGCAUUCAUUUUAAGUUCUGUGUAGAGAACAUUCGAAAGUAUUUGCUGACUGAAGCAAAAGAGAAGAAUCAGCCUGAGUUUCUUCAGGGUUGGCAGACUGCUGUGACAAAGUGCAUUCCACAACAGAAAAAUGACAGUGACUGUGGGGUUUUUGUGCUCCAGUACUGCAAGUGCCUCGCCUUAGACCAGCCUUUUCAGUUCUCCCAGGAAGAUAUGCCCCGAGUGAGAAAAAGGAUUUACAAGGAGCUGUGUGAAUGCCAGCUAAUAGACUAAUAAAAUGCAGCCAACCUAAUUUCUCUGGCAUUUCUGACAAGUUGCAGCUGGUGUUUGUGUACUUGAAUUUCUGAAAACUUCCGUGAAUUUUGAGCGAUUCUCAGAUGAGUGGUGUGGCCACUGUUGUUACCUCAAUUUUUUGACAAGCUCUUUAACUGGCAGAACAUAACAGAGCUGCCGUAAAAUAUUCCUUAUGUCAGUUUGGUUCUCUUAUGUUCUUUCCUGUAUUUAAUAUUUAUUAUCUCAGCAUGCAUAUAGGCAAAGCAUGCAACUAAAACCAUAAAACUGUAGAUUUGGUGCACCUUUGAGAUGUAGCUAGAAAUGACAAAUACAGGUGAUUUUGUCUGGAAACAUAAAGAUGCAUGAUAUGUUUUCUGAUGCAAUAAAGCUUUGAAUGUAUCAAAAAAAAUCAAUGCCAUAAAAAGAACAGCUAGAACCUAUUUGAUAGUUCCAUUGUCCCUGUUGUGGCUGUAUAAUACUGAAUUACCACUUUUUAGGGUGGCUAAACUCAUCUACAGAUUUAAUUUGUGGAGACCCCUUUUUUUAAAUAGCUCAAGUUGCUAAUAAAGUUUGUUCUGUUAACAUUUAUCUAGCUGUUAUUAUCAGCCUGUCCCUAUAGAUAAAAAGCAGCCUUUGCACAAAUAAAGCUUCAGCACUUGUCUGUAUAAUAAAAAGUACAAAGGUGUUCAGUCAGUCAGAUUGAUGGUAUGUUCCUAUAUGCUGCAGAAGUCUCCAUGAUGUGUGUAUUAAAGAGAAUUAUAAAGCUGGCCCUGAAGAGUCACAGUUUAGAUACUAAGAUAAACUCCUUGGCUGUAACUGUUUAAAUCUCAGACGGCUUUGACUCAUUUUUCAGUUCCACAGUAUGCAGUGAAAUGUACCAUUUCGGCAUCUCUCACUUCAGCUCUGCCUUCGGAUGAACUCCCUUCAAGCUUGUCAUGUUUAACCUCCCAUUGGCUUUUGCCUUUGUUCAAAUAUAAAUUAAUUCAUUUCUGCUGCA